AUGGCGCCACUGGGCAAACGGAAAAGAAGGGAGUCGGGCCCGAGAAAAGAAUACCAAAGACCUCGUCAACUCAAACGAAAAAGAGAGGAAGAGGACAUUGAAUCACUCUCUCAACGGGUGGCUGACCUCGAUCCACGGUCUGCAGUACCGUCCGACAACUUCGCCGAUCUUCCACUCUCACAAACCACGCAGGAUGGCCUUUCAUCCUCACAUUUCAAGACCCUCACAACCAUACAGGCCCGGACUAUACCUCUUGCCUUACAAGGUCUCGAUAUUCUCGGUGCUGCAAAGACAGGCUCUGGCAAAACGUUAGCAUUUCUCGUUCCCGUCCUCGAGAACCUGUAUCGUAAGAGAUGGACGGAAUACGAUGGCCUGGGUGCCCUCAUCCUAUCCCCGACUCGCGAGCUCGCCAUCCAAAUUUUCGAGGUCCUCCGCAAGGUCGGUCGCAAUCAUACAUUUUCUGCUGGUCUGGUCAUUGGAGGCAAGAGUUUACAAGAAGAGCGAGAAAGACUGGCACGAAUGAAUAUUCUGGUCGCUACACCUGGUCGGAUGCUUCAACACAUGGAUCAAACGGCCGAGCUGGACAUUGGUAACCUACAGAUUGUUGUACUUGAUGAGGCGGAUCGAAUAAUGGACAUGGGCUUUCAGACAACGAUCGACGCACUCCUGGAACAUCUUCCACCGGAUCGACAGACGCUGAUGUUCAGCGCUACUCAGACCAAGAAAGUCUCUGACCUGGCUCGACUCUCCCUCAAAGAGCCCGAGUUUGUCUCCGUCCACGAAACUGCCGAGAGCGCAACUCCCUCGGGGUUGCAGCAGAACUAUAUUGUGACGCCUCUGCCGAACAAACUCGAUACGUUAUGGUCAUUUAUCCGUGCAAAUACCAAAAAGAAGAUUCUGGUCUUCCUGAGUUCCGGAAAACAAGUACGAUUCGUCUACGAAUCGUUCCGACACCUCCAGCCGGGUCUUCCCUUGAUGCACCUGCACGGACGCCAGAAGCAGACCGCUCGUCUGGACAUAACGACAAAGUAUUCAAACAGCAAACAUGCCUGCUUAUUCUCCACCGAUGUCGCUGCCCGAGGCCUCGACUUCCCCUCUGUCGACUGGGUUGUUCAAGUAGAUUGCCCCGAAGACGCCGAGACAUAUAUCCAUCGUGUAGGUCGGACUGCAAGAUUCGAGCGCGAUGGUCGUGCUGUGCUCUUCCUCGACCCUAGUGAAGAGGAGGGGAUGCUUGCCGCAUUAGAGAAGAAGAAGGUUGCUCUGGAAAAGAUCAAUGUGCGGGUGAAGAAGAUGCAAAACACCAUCCGCAAUCAACUGCAGAACAUGUGCUUCAAGGACCCAGAAUUGAAAUAUCUGGGUCAAAAAGCGUUCGUCAGUUACGCGCGCAGCGUACACAUUCAAAAGGACAAGGAGACGUUCAACCUUAAAAAGCUCGACUUGGAAGGCUUUGCCGCAAGUCUCGGCCUGCCUGGUGCGCCUCGGGUAAAGUUCGUCAAAGGUGAAGACGCAAAAGCCAGGAAGAAUAUGCCGCGACAACUCCUCGCUGCUCUCGAAGGCAGCGACACAAGUGGCGACGAAGAUGAGGGUGACAACAAAGCUAAACAGAAGCAAAAGGCGGUUCGAACAAAGUACGACCGCAUGUUUGAACGCCAAAAUCAAGACGUACUCGCGGCACAUUACACAAAACUUAUCGAAGAUGAUGACGAUGAAGAUCAAGAUGCAGCUCGUGAUCCGUCCUCUAGAGCUGCCAACAAUAAUGAAGAUGACGAAGACGAGCCCGACUUUCUCUCCGUCAAACGACGAUUCGUAGCCGGCGACGAAGCGCUCGGUCACGACUCCUCUCCAUCCGCGUCGGAAUCCGAUACAGAAAAUGAAGAUCCCAUGGGUAACGGGACACGGUCGAAUUCUAAACCGGGCAAAAAGGAGAUCCGCACGGUCAAAUUAUCCGACAAGGCCGAGCCUCUGAUCAUCGACUCCCACCGGCGCGAGAAACUCCUCUCGUCUCGCAAGAAGCUUCUCAAGUACAAAGGACACGGAGCCCACCUGACGUUCGACAGCGACUCGGACACGCCCAAGGACCGCAAGGCGUACCGCGAUGAAAGCACCUUUGGACCCGACGCGGCACAACGGGAGAAACAAGAAUUCUUGGAACGCGAGCGCGAACGAGCCAAAGAGAUGGACGAAGUCGACAAGGAGAUUGCACGGCAGAAGAAGCGCGAGAAGAAGGAACAACGCAAACAGCGAGCGAGGGAGUUGCGUGAGCAAGAACGAACAGGGGGCGCCGAGGAGGACGAUGAUGGUGUACAGCUUGUGCCGUAUGACGAGGAUCAGGGCAAGAGCGUGUACGAUGACGAGGAUUAUAGUAGUGAUGGGGAGGAGGCGGAGGAGGCCAAUGAAGAGCGGCGGUUUGGACAACCUCAGCUUGGAAAGGCAGGAGUUGAAGCGAAGAAACGGCCAAAGAAGUGGUUCGAGGAUGCUUCCGAUUCGGAAGAUGACGAACGUGCCGUGAAGAGCGGCGGUGCUGGUGCCGGUAAGCGCAAGAAGAACCGCAAUGGCGCCGGUCUCGAGGUCAUCGAUCAGCCUGAGACACUCGAGGAUCUUGAAGCUAUGGCUUCUGGACUUCUCGCCAGGGGGUGA